AUGAUAGCCGAGGAUCUACAGCCACUUUCCAUAGUUGAAAACUCAGGAUUUCGUAAUAUGGUGCAGCUCUUGGACUCUAGGUAUGAAAUCCCUAGUAGAAGAACGCUUGGAAGAACAAUAAUUCCAAGACUAUUGUCAACAGUUCAGAAUAAAGUCAAAACUUUGUUGAAUCAAGCAAAAAAUGUGGCCAUAACUACUGAUAUAUGGACCUCCAUGAACACAGAUUCGUACAUUACUAUGACUGUUCAUUUCCUUUAUCAAACUCAGUUAAAAGCCUUAGUGUUGUGCACCAAAAAAUUGGAAUCCAGCCAUACCGGUGUGAAUUUGUGUGAAAUAAUGACUGAUGAACUAAAAAAAUGGAAUAUAUUGGAAAAAGUUGUUGCCAUAGUAACUGAUGGUGGAUCUAAUAUAAAAGCUGCAGUCAGGCUUAUGGAUUUAUCACAUUUGCCAUGUAUUGCWCACAAACUAAACUUAGUUGUUCAAAAUGCACUCAAGUUAUCAGACGAUGAAGAGAUUAAUGUCAACGAUAAUACAGAUGAAAGUGAUCUGAAGAACAUUUUUAAGAAAUGUAGAAACAUGGUUAGUUUUUUUAAACGUAGUGAGGUCGGGAACAGAAUGUUGGUWGAAAAACAGAAGCAGCUUGGAUAUGAAACAGUGUUGAAAUUAAAACAAGAUAUUCGUACUAGGUGGAAUAGCACGUUUUUGAUGUUAGAAAGACUUAUCAAACUGAAAGAACCAUUAACAAUAGUAAUGAUUACAAUAAGAGAAGCGCCUAGUAAUCUUAGCCCUGAAGAAUGGAGUAUCAUCGAAGAUAUGGUCCCGUUAUUAAGACCGUUCGAUAAGCUGACUACUGAGAUCYCUGCUGAAAACUAUCCAACUAUUUCAACAGUUAUACCGUUGAUAAGAGGUUUGCAAAGUUCAUUAAUUUCUAAAGAUCCGAAAACACGACUGGGAAUGUUCAUAAAAAAUAGAUUAGUAGAAAACACUAAUAAACGUUUUGAUAGCAUAGAGAAGCAAUCCGUUACACCACAUUUUUCUAGGGCUACAUUGCUGGACCCAAGGUGCAAAAAGGUUGCAUUUGGGUCAGAACAAAAUGCUAAUGAAGCAGAAAGACAACUGGUAAACGAAACAGCUGCUUUAAUUAGUAAUGCUUCAAACACAGAACAACCUACGUAUGAAGAAAAUCUAAAUACAGAUAGCGAUAACGUGUGGAAUUUUCUCAAUUCCAGAGUGACCAAUGUCCAGUCGCAGACAACAACCACUAGUAGUGCUAUAUCCUUGAUGAGMCAGUACUUGAAUAUGCCUCAUCAAGAUUUGAAAUGCAAUGUUCCUGUAUUUUGGGACAACCACAAGACCGUCUUAGCUCAACUCAGUGAAAUAGCAUUAAAAUAUUGUAUAAUUCCAGCCACAUCAGUACCAGCUGAAAGAAUAUUUUCGAAAGCUGGACAGAUAUUAAGCGCUCGACGCAAUAGAUUAUUGCCUGAAAAUGUGAURUUCAACUGGUUUGAACAUCCAACAUAUUAUUAA